AAUUGCACUUGAAGCUCUGCUAUGGCGGCACGCAAACCAUGAGGUUUGAUCUGGUAGUUGGAAAACACUCAUCCCAUGACAAGUGUGACCUUGAGCGUCCAUAUCUCCCUUGCGGCACUUGCAAUGUUCGUUCUCAAGGCAUGGAGAUCAACGGCUUUCGCUCUUUAUGGGUACCUGAAUUUCACCAAAGCUGGAUUUCUGGAGCAUUCGAAGAGAUUCAAACCAGAGGAUAUGGAAGCAAAAAUACCCGGUAAAAAUUGCAUUAUUACUGGAGCAAACUCCGGAAUUGGCUAUGCGACAGCAGAGGGUCUUGCCCAACGUGGUGCAACUGUAUAUCUUGUAUGUCGUAAUAAGGAGAGGGGAGAGGCUGCUCUUUCUAAAAUUCAAUCUACAACAGGCAAUCAGAAUGUUCAUUUGGAGGUUUGUGACCUUUCUUCUGUCAGUGAGAUCAAGUCAUUGGCAUCCAGAUUUUCCAAAAAGGAUGUUCCGGUUCAUAUGUUGAUAAACAAUGCUGGCACACUUGAGAAUAAUCGAAUCACCACAUCAGAAGGGUUUGAGUUGAAUUUCACAGUUAAUGUAUUAGGCCCUUAUACCCUGACAGAAUCAAUGUUGCCAUUACUAGAGAAAGCUGCUCCUGAUGCUCGUGUUAUUACAGUUUCCUCUGGUGGAAUGUAUGCUUCUCCCUUGACCACUGAUCUCAUGUACUCUGAGAGCAACUUCAAAGGGGUUGAGCAAUAUUCUCGAAAUAAGCGUGUCCAGGUCGCACUAACAGAAAAGUGGGCUGAGAAAUACAUGAACAAGGGGAUAGGAUUCUACUCAAUGCACCCAGGUUGGGCUGAAACUCCUGGAGUUGCCAGGAGUUUGCCAAGCUUCAAUGAGAAACUUAAGGGGAAGCUUAGAACAAGUGAAGAAGGUGCAGACACUGUGAUUUGGCUGGCUCUUCAAGCCAAAGAUAAACUGGUACCUGGGGCAUUUUAUUUUGACAGAGCUGAAGCACCCAAACAUCUUAAAUUUGCUGCUGCCACUGGGUCUCAUGCUUUGAUAGACUCUAUUAUUAGUAGUCUAAACUCCAUGGCUUCUCUGUCUGCCUAGGUGGAGUGCUUUUACCGUGAAACUGAAAACCUAAUUCUGUAAAUUAUAUUUUAAACAUACGUUAGUGAAAGUAAUUGACAUUGUUCCUUAGAUCUCAAGUAUCUUUGAUCUGACUGGGACUUGAAAGCCCAAACCUGGACUAAAAAUUUGGUUGCAGUGAUGCAAUCACGCAAAAGCACUUGGAGACCCAUGGCAGGUUUCACUGAUUAGAUGACAAGUUGCACCUGUCUGUUAUGUUUAUAUUUUAGCCUCUCUUAUUUUCUAUCUUAAAAAUAUAGCAUGUAAUAAUCACUUUAUACAUCAAAUCCCAUUGUCUGUUGCAUUUAAGUUGAGCUACUCUGUAUUUGAUAUAUUUCCUAUAAUCCAAAUACGUGAUUGUAUCA